GCAGUGAACAUGACAGUCCUCCUGCUAUGGCUGUUCCACUCUCCUCUGCCAAAUUUCACACUUCAAUUCUCACACAAUCACUCCCCUCUUCUUCCUCUCGUUCUUUUUCCGUCGGAAAACGCUUCUGUUGCUCGUCGUCAUCAACUUCCAUGGAACAUCAUGAAUCGAAAUUUAAGGAAUUUCCUUAUGCAUCUGUUCCGCAUAGAGAGUUAAUGGUGGAACUUGUAUCGACUGUGGAGAAUCGUCUUGGAGAGUCUCUACUUCCUUGUACUCUGCCUUCUCAUGUGCAGUAUUUUGAGAAUGAAUCUGCUACUGCUCAUGCUUCUCUCUAUGUCAGAUCUGGAAAUUCCUCUUCUCAGGUUGAUUUCAUACUUGGUAGUUGGGUUCACUGCAACUUACCCACCGGCGGAGCAUUGAAUAUUACAAGCCUUUCCGUAUAUUUGAGACCUUCAACUGAUGCACCAAACUUCUUAAUUGAAGUUAUUCAAAGCAGUCCAACAACUCUCAUCCUCAUUCUUGAUCUACCUCCGCGAAAGGACCUUGUCCAACAUCCCGAUUACCUCAAGACCUUUUAUGAGGAAACACAAUUAGAUAAGCAGAGACAACUUCUCGAGAAGCUACCUGAGGUAAAGCCUUAUUUCUCUUCUUCUCUAUAUAUUCGAGCCCUUGUCUCUCCAUCAGCUAUCUUGGUUUCGAUAGAAACCGAUCCUUCCCAGGCCAUUCGCAUUGAUGAAAUUAUUCAGGAUCACAUAAGUCCUGUUGCUAAGGUAAUGCUGGAUACAUGGUUGAAUCUGUGUGCUUGUACUGAGAGAAGAUUGACAGAUGAUGAAAGUAAAGAUCUGGCUAAGAGGGAUCAAAUAAUUAAGAAUAAGACUAUCGAGAUAGAUCUUGAAUCAAGCUUCCCUAGGCUUUUCGGGCAACAAGUAGCUAACCAGGUUUUAGGAGUACUAAGGGAAAUCUAUAACAGUUGAAUUUCUUGGUCCUGCUGCUGUUUGAUAGUGUGAUAAUUGUAUGUAAUCAUUAUAAUUCUUCAACAUAUAAUACAUUUAAAAAGAUGUAUAUUGAGAAUAACAAUAUGUAUUUUACCAAGGUGUUAUAUCAUAUGCCACUUUGUAAA